AUGGCAGGAGAGAAUGAUCCUCUUACAGAAUAUCAUUGGAAAAAAUUUCCAACUUGGGCUAAUUCUGAUGCUCUUCUCAACACAGUCGAAGAACUCAACAAGCUUGGAUUAAUGUAUUUUCGUCGUAAAUUAGGCAUUCCAGUUUAUGCAAUUGGACAGGUAUUACUUCCAGAAAAUGUUAGAUCAUCCAGAGCUGGUGAAGAAGCAACAAUUAGUCCGGAUAAAUGUAUCGAAUGGCUCGAUAAAAAGGAAGAGAAAUCUGUACUAUACAUAUGCUUUGGAUCGAUGAUUACAAUCUCAGCUUCACAUAUGAUGCAACUGGCAAAAGCCCUUGAUGCUAGUGGAAUAAAUUUCAUAUGGGUUGUGAGACCACCAAUAGGAUUCGACAUAAACGCGAAAUUCGUAGCAGACAAGUGGCUGCCGGAAUGGUUUUCGGAUCAAGAAAGAGGACUAAUUGUUGAUACAUGGGCACCCCAGGUGGAAAUUUUGUCACAUAAAUCUGUGGCUGCUUUUUUAAAUCACUGUGGAUGGAAUUCAGUAUUGGAAUCACUUAUAAGUGCGGUGCCAUUGAUAAGUUGGCCUACGGCUGCUGAGCAAUUUCACAAUGCAAAGUUCUUGGUGGAAGAAGUUCCGUUUGCAUGGAAAUGGCUAGAGGAACCAGUUUUGAGGACAGCCAGGAGGACAUAA